AUGUCGGAGCUACACGAAGCGCUCGCGUGCCUCCGGCCGAAGGAGUUUAGCGACGUCCCUACCGACAACCUCCAGACAUUCCUAUCCGAAAUACUGGCCAAAGCAGAAGUGAUCGCGAACUCUGUGCCUCCACCACCCAAUGGAACGCCUUACGAGUCGUCACAACGAACCCGAACCGAGCAAGAACCUGCAACGGGCUCCAAAGACCUCACAAUUUCCCAAGUCCGCCGGCCACCACCUGCGCCAGAGCAUGAAGAGCUGCAGAAGUCAUGGGGCAAGCCCGUGAAGCUAGGAAACAAUGACGCCGCUACAGGCAUGAGCGUGUAUAAGAUGGCCGGAAAGGACAGGCACGGAGCCUGGUUUUCGCGCUCGAGCGUACACGAGGGCCUCGGGUUCGAGAAGUGGAAGCGCGCCAUGAAGAGGGAGUUCCCGGAGAGUCUGGAAGUCCAGGGCGGCCCCGGCGAGGGCAACAUACGAGGCAUUGGAGGCGACCAACGGCUAGAGGACAUGACAGUCGACGGCGUUGGUCAACUGCAAGUCUACCAGCUAUCCGCGCAGUUCCCUGGCCCCACCUCACCGCGAGAGUUCAUCACCCUACUCAUCACCUCGGAUACAUGUCUUACCGAUGCCUCCAAAGUCGCCAACUCAACACCGCGACACUUCAUGGUCGUUUCCAUACCCUGUUCACAUCCGGAUGCGCCGCCGCGAAGCAACAUGGUGCGAGGCUUCUACGAGUCGAUUGAGAUGAUCAGGGAGAUACCCAUAGGCGACGGCGACGCAGAGACCAACCCUAUCGAGUGGAUAAUGGUCACUCGCAGUGAUCCUGGUGGUGGUAUUCCUCGAUUCAUGGUCGAGCGGAAUGUGCCUAGCAGCAUAGUCCAGGACGCGGUCAAAUUCCUUGACUGGGCAUGUGCUAAAGACGACAACGUCGAGGCAGAUGGAAUGGCAGGCAAAGACGACUCUGCGGAGACGCCCAAAGCGCACGACACUGGGCGGACAUUCUCCGCAACUGACGCGAACGGUAUGGGUGCCGGAAUAGGAACCAGCAUAGUGGACAAGACUGGGGAGGCUGGCAGCCAAUACAGCUUACAACGCACAAGAUCCGAUAGCUCCUCAAGCUCGUCGUCUUCCGGCGAUUCGUUCGCAUCUGCAGAACAGUUCACUACUGCCCGCGAAGGACUCCCAAUCGACCGAGAGAUCCCGACGCCAUCAACUUCGUCGCAACAGUCCCUACCGUUGACAGAAGACAGCCCACAUCACAAGGGCUUACAAAAGAUUGAAGAAAAGAAGGAACAGCUGAAGGCAAAACUCGAGCAAGCGCGCGAAAAGCAGGAGUCGGGACUACAAGCUGAAAGCCAGAAGGCGAAUGCGGACAUGCAAAAAGCGAAUGAGAAGCACGAGAGGGAGAAGAAGAAACAGAAAGAGAAGUAUGAGAAAGAGAUGCGCAAACUCGAGGAGCGUCGCGAGAAGGAGACACGGAAGCUGCUCCUUCGCCAGCAGAAGGAAGCAGAUAAGAACCAACUUGCUAAAGCGCAACGCGAGCGGGACGAGUUCAAGCAGCGCGUGGAGAUACUGGAGCAGGAGAAUAAGUUGAUUAAGGAGCAGAUUGGUGACCUGCAACAUGAAAACACGACGCUCGUAUCUCGGUUGGGAAAGACUCCUGAGGGCAUUGAGAUCCUGAGGUCGAUCAAGGAGGGGGAUAAGGGUAGAAUAAGGGCAAGCUCAAGAACGAGUGUGAGCUCUGGGAUGAGUGGAACGAGGAGCAAAGCUUCGAGUGGUUCGUCGAACACGCUACCUAGGGCUGGUACAACAAACUUUUGA